AUGCAGUUAACACCGUUCUGCCUGGUGCUGUCCUGUCUUCAGGUCAGCCCUGACAGGUCUCAGUUCUUCAGGUACGAGUCCAUCUCUCUGAGCUGCAAGGAUCAGAUUAACUCAACCGGCUGGAAAGUGAAGAGGAAAACGUCGAAGGGUGGGGUCAGACCCUGCUCCUCCGGCUGGGGCACGGCCCUGUCGGGCUCCACCUGCCUCAUCGGGAACACCUACCCGUCUGACAGCGGGGUGUACUGGUGUGAGUCUUUAAACGGGGAGAGGAGCAACGGCGUCAACAUCACCAUCACUGAUCGUACUGUGGUCCUAGAGAGUCCUGCCCUCCCUGUGUCGGAGGGAGCUGCUGUGACUCUGCGCUGCAAAGCUGAGAAGAAGAACUCCACCGACCACAGGUUUAUUUUCUAUAAAGAUGACCGUUCCAUCAGCACCAACUCCACAGGAGAGAUGACCAUUCACGGUGCUUCCAAAUCUGAUGAAGGGCUCUACAAGUGUAGCAUCUCCGGGGGUGGAGAAUCACUAGUCACCUGGCUGGCUGUUGAUGCUUCUCUUCCACCUUCGUCGUCAGCUCCGAUGGCAACUUCCAGUUCAGACUCUGUCUUCAGACUGAUGUGUCAUCUGGUGGUGGGAAUUCCUUACAUGCUGUCUACAGUCUUACUGGGACUCAUAUACAGAGACAGGAAGAGGGAUGGUUGCAGAAAGAAGAGGCAGCGACGAUGUCAUCAUGGAAAUAGUUGUCUAGUCUUGUAAACUGGUCAAAAGGGACAUCACAUGAGACCACAGGAGGUCCUGGGGAUCUACUUUUACCAAGUGCUGAGUUUAAGGAUCUGCUGCCUUUUGGUGGCUGUUUGAUAAGUCUGGUUACCAAAUCCUGGAUAGAUGAUUGAUCUUUUGAUGCAUUCUUUUACCAAGCUUCCCACAUAGCCUCCCUGUCAGACUAUGCUGUUUUUUUGUGUUGUUUCACUUCUGUUGUCUGUAUAACUAUCGCAAAACUUUAAGACAAGACUAAUGGACAAAGUAGUUUGUUAGUGCCUUUCAAAGGAAAUAUGAACAUUACAAAAACCUUUCACCACCUCUAUGGUCAAUGUGUGGUUAAGCAUGGGGGUGAUGGGAAUUAUCUAGGUCAUUUUUUUUAAAGUAAGCAACGUUGACUGUUAGUAGGACAAUAACCGUACAUACACAGGGUUUGAUUUCAGACUUUGAUGAGACACAAUGAAGUCAGAGAUUCUUCAACGAACGCAAAUGUGUCUACAAAUUGAGCAAAUAAUACAUUAUUUUUACAGUAUCCAAAAAACGCGUGAAUUAGCAGAGACAGUCAGUAGAAAAAGUGAGCAGAGUCAGUGGACAUGAUCGCGUGCAACCUACAGUGGCAACAGUGGUUAAUUGGUUAACUCUAUAGAGUGUGUUGUUGUACCUUUUGUUUCCACAAUGUGAUCGUGUGUUUAAAACUGCUCACGCUCACUUUUUCUGUCUGUCAUCAGGACUUUCUAUUAUCAAUUCCCUUUCUAGGAAGUUGUUUUGUGUUUGAGUCUUUGAGAGAAACCUUUUUGUUAGAUCUUUGGCUGUAAAUAAAUGCCCUUUUUAUUUGAACCUAAAUCUGUGUCCUCCUUUCCUUAAAUCCCUGAACACAUUAUUGUCACUUACCUCCUCCCCCUGGACUUCCAUCUGAGGCAGGAGAGUGGUCGGAGAAGCACAGGUGUGACCAAUAACAUUUAUGAUGGAUGACCCUGAAACU